AUGUGGGAGGCGAUCGUCCACAACCAGAAACCUACUCAGUGUUCGUACCAGUGCAAUAGUAAUGAUGAAGCAGAGCGUCGCAUAGCGAUUCGUCGUGGACUGGUCGGUGGGAAAUGGGCUGGUAUAGACGUGUACAGCACCAACGAACAGAACCUGGUGCUUCUAGGAAUUGAAGUUGGGAAGUUGCUGACGACCGUUACUAAUCAGGACAGGUCCUGUUUUGAAGGCCGCAUUGGAUUCGAAGGCGCGUUGGAACCACCAAAAUCUAUUGCUGUCGGUGAUAUACUGAAAUUUCAAACUCCGGAAUAUCUAUUGACAGAGCACUACCACACCUUAUUGAGAGGAACUGGCUUACAGAACGAGAAGCGUACCAGUUACUCGUGCUCGGGCUUUGACGACGAGAGGAAUGCGAAAAAGAGCCUCAGAGAAUUUUGGAGAAAAGAGCGACCAUAA